CGGACCUUGGACUUGCCGGUACCCUUGACCUUCCGGGUCUCGGGACGAGCCAGGUGGUGGGAGGGGAUCCAGUCGGCGUUGUAGGCGGUGGCAGAGGAGACGGCGGCAGGGGUGGGGGUAUCCUCGACGGACGGGGCCUCGCGCUUGGCGCUGCCAGGGGCACGCUUCUCGCCGGACUUGCCGCUCUUGCGCUUCUGGGGGAAGUAGGGGGCGACCCAGACGGUGUAGAAGAAGUAGACAGUACCAGUGGCACAAGCCAGGAGGAAGAAGUACAGGAAGAGACUGAGAAAGUCAGGGUGAGUCAAUUGCGCGCGAUGCUUGGGGGAGAAGUGCUCACAUUUGGGGGUCAAAGAUGCUGGUGUCAGGCUCAACCACGCUCACAUGGCGAAGCUGUAGCUGAUGCUCUCCUUGGAGCCCGCGGGGAUCUCGACGCCAUAGCGAGUGGCAGUCAAGUUACGGACGACCUUGCUCUCCUCCUCGAGGUUCCAGAGGCUACCUCCGAGGAAGUUCACGGUGACGGGGUUAGGCUCAUCGUUGAUGAAGUCGAUCACAGCCUGGGUAGGCGACUUCGGCCUCAACCUUCUCGGUAUCCUAAUGAUCGUCGCGUGAGUCAAUUGCAGCGACGUGAAAGUGAUAAGAACUUACAGCAGCAAAGCCGGCACCGACGAAGGCCUGCAGAGAGAGUAGAGCCAGGGAGAGGAAUCCAAAACGACUUGGUCCACUUCGGUACCGGGGAAGCUGACUCAGCCGUCGCGUCUCUCCCUUUGGAGCGCUAUCGCCAGUUGAGCGCACUGGAUCAGCAAAAGAAUCAGCUUAUUGAAGUAUCAACCCUUCCUUGGGCACGAACAGGCUUGGAAGCUAAUGCGAUUCCGCGAGACCCGCUUCAAUCGCGAUAUUCAACUGCACGAGAUGGAGUUGAUGCAACAGAUCUCCCAGAUCAAGAAUAUUAUGGUGAGCGCAAAUGGUGGACUGGAACACCGGGACACGCGCUGAUACAGGACCGGUUCCAGGAUCGAGAACCUUUCGUUGUCGUGCUUUUAGACGGAGAAGGGAUAAUCUUCAAGGAUGAAUAUUUGCUACAAGGAGAAGAAGGUGGACGCAGUGCGGCCAAGGCGCUCGAGACGGGCAUGCGCUCAUAUCUGGCCCAAAAUAUUCCCAGUGUUACUGAGCCGAGGCUUUUGACCAAGAUCUUCUUGAAUGUGAAGAGCUUUGGUGAGCUUUGCGCUCGGAGUGGGACUAUUUCAGAGGCUGCUGCGAUCCAUGACUUCAUUCGCGGCUUCAAUGAGACCAUGUCGUUUUCUGAAAUUGUGGACGUCGGGUCCAGCAAGAACAAGGCAUACGAUAAGAUUCAAGGUUUGUCUCUCUAUCCAAACCCAGUGUUGGAGUCGUACUCAUCGUUUUGUCUGCACAGAGAUGUUCCAGGUCUUCCUUUACAACUGCCAUUGCCACCAGGUCUUCCUGGGCUGUCCCUCAAAUAG